AUGGAUCGGAAAUUCAAACUAGCCGUCAUUACCAGAGUCGAGCGCCAUCCGGAGAUUUGGAACUUCACUUCAGAGGACUACAAAAAACAAGACGACACUUUUUCGAAACGACUGAAGCAUUAUCCUCCUGGCGCCGCAAAAGCGUGGGUUUAUGAUGAUGAGCUACAGUUUCUCAUGACAAGUACGAGCGCUGGAACAUGCAGCUCUGUCACAGAACCUGAUGAGGAAGAACCUGCACAAGAUGUCAAGGGGAAGCACUUCGACAAAGAAGGAAGCGUGACCACCGAAGACGGAUUCACAGAUUCCAGUAGUGUUUCUAUUGCAUCUCCGUCCUAUCGCAAAGUAAAACGGAGUAAUGGUCCUGCAGGCACAGAACGAACAGGAGAAUAUGCCGGAUCGUUUCGACAUUUUAGGUCAAUAUAUCGCCCAGACUCUUCGAGAGCUCUCGCCGGAAGUCUCUUCAGUAAAGAUAUUAGAAAUCACCACGGUCCUUCAUACCUCAACAGCUCCUACUUCUAA